CUGUGAGUGAGUAAUUCCGGGAAGCUCGCCUUACAACUCCGCGCCGCCCCCCGCGCCGCCCGCCCCACAACAAAACUCGGCGCGGCGCUCUCGGGAGCCCGGCUCGGAGCGACCGGCGGUCGGGACCGGAGGGGAGACGGACCAGGGCGCGGGCCGGGACUGCAAGCCCGGACGGCAGCGGCAGCCGCGCGUGCCGGGGGCGCCAGGCGAAGCGGGCCGAGAGGCGGGUCUCAGCCCAGAGGGCACCUUCUGCAAACAUGUCUGUGGAUCCCUUAUCCAGCAAAGCCCUGAAGAUCAAGCGUGAGCUGAGCGAGAACACGCCGCACCUGUCGGACGAGGCGCUGAUGGGGCUGUCGGUGCGCGAGCUGAACCGGCACCUGCGCGGGCUCUCCGCCGAGGAGGUGACUCGGCUCAAGCAGCGACGCCGCACGCUCAAGAACCGCGGCUACGCCGCCAGCUGCCGCGUGAAGCGCGUGUGCCAGAAGGAGGAGCUGCAGAAGCAGAAGUCGGAGCUGGAGCGCGAGGUGGACAAGCUGGCGCGCGAGAACGCAGCCAUGCGCCUGGAGCUCGACGCGCUGCGCGGCAAGUGCGAGGCGCUGCAGGGCUUCGCGCGCUCCGUGGCCGCUCGUGGGCCCGCCGCGCUCGUGGCGCCCGCCAGCGUCAUCACCAUCGUCAAGUCGGCCCCGGGGUCCGGGACCGGGCCGGGCCCGGCCCCCGCCCCCGCCCCCGGCCCCGCCCCCGGCCCCACCUCCGCCGCCUGCUCCUAG